GCUCUCUGUUGGAACUACCAUUCAUAAGACGCCUUGUUUGAUGCCAAAACCCCACGUGCCUAGCCCCAAAGAUGGGAGGGAAUUCAGUUGCACUUACUGCCAGCGAACGUUUCGCAGGCUGGAGCAUUUGCAACGCCACACAAGACGACGUUUGUACAGUCUCUCACGGUAGUGACAAUCACACUAAACAGUCUUGAUCUAGAUACAAAUGAAAGGCCUUUUGCCUGCCAUUGUGGCGCAUUAUUCUCUCGACGCGACCUGCUGCGUCGGCACGAGCGUUUGGCUUGUCAUUCGGAACCCAGCAGUUUACCAGUGCAGAUUUUGAAUGAGAAUCAGCACCUGAUGCAGCACCAAGUCGGGUCAUCCUCAGCUUUUGAGCCUAGACGUUCCGACAAAACCCGUCCUCGCCGAAGACAGAGUCUGGCUCCGGAGCAAAUUCCCCAGCCUGCGGACUUUCUCACUGGCAUACAUCAUGACCAGACGUCUGGGUAAAUAAUCAGCACAAACGAUCAAUGGUUCACAUAUGCCCUAACACAAUCUAGGACUGAACCAGGUCUGCUUGAUAAUCAUUCCAUUUCUCCCUUAGCACAGCAAGGAGCUCAAGCACGGGGUGAGUCCCUUGUGCUUCUUAAUCGCGCUACUGCUGAUGAGACAAGGUCAACAGGAAGGCGAUAGCCAAAGGCCACAGUUCGGGAACAACAGUCGUGGGCCUUCUGCUCCGGUAUUUCCUAGUAUAUUCCCCGCUCCCCAAUUGGCUCUUGCUACUCAGAUUGUUCCGCAUUUUGCGAGCCCCCGUGUUACACCCUUUGACCGCUCUAGACUGCUUUCUUCCCUGGGAAGGGUAGAGAAAAUAUUCCCCAACCCGUGUUUACCUUCCAGCGAUGCGUUGACUCGCUAUCUGGCUGGAUACUUCACUGGAUUCUACCCUCUUGUCCCCUUUACUCACACUCCAACAUUCAAGCUUGAAUCAUGCUUACCAGAGCUUUGCUUAGCUAUGUUGGCUGUUGGUGCAAUGGAUAGGUUUGAGGUCACACCAGCCACUGAGUUGUUCUAUCUUGCAAAGGCCCUCCUGUCGGAUAGCCAGCAGCGCAGGGCACGAGCUGAGAUGAAGCAGUCGACAGGCUUAGUUGACAAUGGCUCCUCAUUGGCCAGGCAGUUAAUCGACGAGCUGAGGUGCUUACUCUGUCUCGCGCACUUCGCAUCAUGGCAAAGAGACCCGGCCCUGAGAAACGAAGCUUGUGUCUUGCAGAGCUUGCUUGGGCAGUCUCUAAGAUCGAACCCUUUGGAGGAAACAGCGCAAAGUGAGCAAUAUCUUGACUGGGAACAGUGGGCCCAACAGGAAUCAGAAAGACGUACCAAGCUGUUUGCCUUCUGUUUCCUUGGAAUCCAAAGCAUUUCUUUUGAUGUGCCACCUAGCAUUUGGUGUGACGAGAUUAACCUGAGGCUACCGUGCUCUUGUCCCGAGUGGACAGCACCAGAUGCAACAACCUGGAGCAUGCUGCGACGAGCGACUCCAAACGAACAGGGGCUAUACCGUGAUACGCUGGAUGCACUAUUGUCUCCGCUGAAUCAAACCAACCAUGGCACCCCACCCCCCACACCCGUGGGAAACUAUGUUUUAAUUCAUGGACUGCUGCAGAAGAUUCUCUGGACGAGGAGAUCUCUCUGUGGGAACUUAUCGCGGACGUUGUUGGAGGAUUAUGAGUCAAUUUUUGAGUCUGCUCUGCAGAAAUGGACUUCGUUAUGGCAACAAACCCCAGAGUCGAACUUAGAACCUUUAGACCCGAACGGGCCCUUACCUUUCACAUCGAGUGCCCUACUGAGCCUUGCGUACGUCCGCAACUGUUUUGAUAUCUUUCCGACAAGGAAGAUAUUCACCUGGGCCCCCGCCGAGAUUGCCCAAGUGCUUCGAACAUCGCCGCCUGUGGAUCGGAAAUGGAGCUCGCUUUUAGCAGCCUAUCAUGCAACUAAUCUCCUUGCUACAUUGGUCAAACUGGGCGUUCAAUACUUUAAGCACAACCAGUCAGUCCUCUGGAGCGUUGAGGCUACUCUUUGUGGUCUCGACUGCUCUGUCUUCCUAGAGAAAUGGCUUCGUCGAGUGAACGACACAAUGCAAGAUUUACCAUUAUCAGACUAUGAAAUACAACUGGUUGAUUGGAUCAAAGACGUUGUUUACGAGGGCCUAUCAUCUGCUAAUGACGGCUCUUUUGACACCACUUCCAGGCCUGCUAUUCUACCCGACCAGAUCAUCACAGUGUGGUCCCACAUCAUGCAGGGAAAUUCCCCGUUCACAUUCAUACGAAUGAUUGGCGAGGUGCUUGACGAGUAUAGGCAGCUAUCUGUUAGGAGCUAAUUAGACCCACAAAGGCAGAUUCACUACACUGUUCUCAUGCUGGGAUAAAAUAGUUGUGAGCAUUAACAUUGAAUAACAAGUAAGUGUUUGAAGCAACUCGCCGACGUGUUGAAUUAUAUGUCUAAACACUGCCUGUCGCUUCAGAGGUAGCCGGGUUAACCCCCACUUUGUUAUCUUGUAUGAAACACACUUCAUAUCCCAGAGUCGUGUAAGACUUGCCCAAGAUGAAUUUGUCCUCGUCGGCCAUGACAACAUACUUGUAGAACAGAUCAUUGAGAGUGUUCGCUAUACAGUCAAGCGAGGGCACGUAGGUUGCUCAUGACCAUCCCAGUGCGAGAUCGAGUCAAAGCCUUGAUAGUUCCAGGGUCUGGCAUCCUCGGCGCGAAGUUUGGGCGGCUGGUGGUUCUGAAUUCGACUGAGAAAGGUGAGAAGAGUAUUUGUAAGAUCCUGUCAUGCUGCUUAUGAAUGUAGUUUACGAC